CUGGAGCCGGCGCGUUCCAGGGGCUGCAGCUCUCACACACCCCUCCUCUAACCCCCUCCUCCAUCUCCCAGGCCCACCAUGUGCACGCUGGGGCUGUUCCCGCCGCCGCCCCCGCCCGGGGAUGUCACCCUGUACGAGCUCAACAACGCCCUGGUCUGCGGCCGCCUCAGCGAGCAGCUCCCGCUGUCCUUCCAGAGCCAGGUGCCCGACCUGCCCGUGCUCAGCCUGCCCAAGGAGCCCCUCAAGGCCCACGGGCGGCAGGAGCCCAGCGCCCGCCCGCCCUUCAUCCACCACCGCGAGUCCCCCUGGAAGCGCUGCCUCAGUGCCUGGCGCGACGCGGGGCUCUGCGGGGUGCUCAGGGAGUUGGCCAGCGCCGAGGAGGAGGGGCUGCGAUGGCUGAGGACGGGCUCGAGCCACGCGCUGGCCGUGUGCCGCUGGCUCUCCUCGCUCCACGGAUCCCUGUUCCCACACCUCUCCCUGACCAGUGAGGACAUGAUUGCAGCCUUCUCCCAGGCCGUGGACUGGGCCGGGUGCCCCGUGCGGGCCUUCGCCUGGCACCCCCACACCAACAAGUUUGCUGUGGCGCUCCUGGACGAUUCCAUCCGGGUCUACAACUCCAGCAGGUCUCCCUGCUCCCCCAGGGAAUGCCAAUCCCUCCUCAGGAGAAGACUGUGCCGGCUGGUCCUGCGGCCCCCUCCGCGCUGCCCUGCUCCAACCCCCUCUCCCAGCUGGGAUUUCUGGCCAGCCCGGGCCCUCUCCUGCCCCGGGGCUGGGCUGGGGGCAGCUCAGGCCAAUUGCACCAGUGCCACCGUGCCCUCGCUGAAGCAUCGCCUGCAGAGGAACGUGGCCUCCAUGGCCUGGAAGCCCCUCUGUGCCUCCAUCCUGGCCGUGGCCUGCCAGAGCUGUGUCCUGGUGUGGCACCUGGACCCCACCUCCCUCUCCACCAGACCGUCAUCAGGCUGUGCCCAGGUUCUGUCCUACCCGGGGCACAGCCCUGUCACCAGCCUGGCCUGGGCACCCAGCGGGGAGCGGCUGCUCUCGGCGUCACCGGUCGACACGGCCAUGCUGGUGUGGGACGUGCCCACUGAGAACUGUGUCCAGCUGCAGUGGUUUGGGGGCGGCGGUGUCACCUACUUGGCGUGGUCACCCGAUGGCAGCAAGGUGCUGGCAGCCACCCCCUCGGCCGUGUUCCGGGUGUGGGAGGCUCAGAUGUGGACAUGUGAGCGGUGGCCCACUAUCAGAGGACGCUGCCAGACGGGGUGCUGGAGCCCAGACGGCAGCCGGCUGCUCUUCACGGUGCUGGGGGAGUCCGUCAUCUACUCCUUGUCCUUCUCCGAGUACCGGGGGGACAUGCAGGGGCAGGUGGGGGGCUCCAAAACAGCCUCCAUCGUGGCAGACCUGUCCGAGACCACCUUCGAGACGAUCUACGGGGACGAGAGGAUUGGAGGAGAGGUCCAUUCCAUGGUGUGGGACCCCACGGGAGAGAGGCUCGCAGUGAUCAUCAGAGGACACCCCGACUCUGCGGGCAGCCAGACGGAGAACAUCGCCGUGUUCCGCACCCGCAACAGCCCCGUGUUCGAGCUCCUGCCCUGCGGGUUCGUGCAGGGCGAGCACGGUGCCCGGCCCCAGAUCAUCGCCUUCCACCCCUGCUUCCCACGAGGAGCCCUCCUGACCGUGUGCUGGUCCUCGGGGAAGAUCAGCCACAUCCCCUUCUUCUUCGUCAGCGCCCGCGUGCCCCUCGCCAGCCCCCACCGCAGCCCCGUCCCCGUCGUGGCCAGUGUGAGGGAGCAGCCCCUCUUCUCGGAGCUGUGACCACAGCCCAGAGGGCCUGGGUGGCUCCUCUUCCUCCCUGGGCAGCCUCAUCUUCCUCUCGGGUGCCUUCAACCCCUGGGGGGGGCAGAGGGGGUCUCCCAGAGUCUGCAUCGAAUAAAGGUGGUUCUUUUC